UUUAAUUGUACGCCGGACCAACUUCCUGAGUCGUUGCACGCGCGUAAGCUAGCUAAAUAAUCCGGCUAGUUAGGGACUGGAGUGGAUCAGUAUAAUCUGAUCGAGUCUCUUUCUCCUAUUGCUGUUAUUAAGUAAAUAUUGUGAUCAUGGAGCCUAUUUUAGAGCAGCAGCGUCGCUACCAUGAGGAGAAGGAGAGAUUAAUGGACGCCAAAACAAAGGAGAUGCUACACAAGAAAACGACGCUGCGUGACCAGAUUAAUUCUGAUCAUCGUAUACGAGCCAUGUUGGACAGGUACAUGGAAGUGAGUGCAAACCUCAGAGAUGCGUAUGAGGACAAAGAUGGUUUGAGAAAGGAAGAGCUGAGUGCCAUAUCCGGGCCAAAUGAGUUUGCUGAAUUCUACAACCGGCUGAAACAGAUUAAGGAAUUCCACAGGAAACAUCCGAAUGAGAUCUGUGUGCCCAUGUCGGUGGAGUUUGAGGAGCUGAUGAAGGCUAAAGACAACCUCAGCGAGGAAGCACAGAAUCUAGUAGAGUUCACUGAUGAGGAAGGAUAUGGCCGCUAUCUGGACCUCCACGACUGCUACCUGAAGUACAUCAAUCUAAAAGGAUCAGAGAAACUGGAAUACGUCUCCUAUUUGUCGUCCUUCGAUCAGCUCUUUGAUAUCUCCAAAGACAGGAAGAACGCAGAGUAUAAAAGGUAUCUAGAGAUGCUGCUGGAUUACCUGCAGGGUUACACAGACCGAGUGAAGCCCCUGCUGGAUCAGAACGAGCUGUAUGGGAAAGUGCUGAUGGACUUUGAGAAGAAGUGGGAGAACGGCACUUUUCCUGGCUGGCCGAAAGAGGCUAGCAGUGCUCUCACCCAUGCUGGAGCUCAUCUGGACUUGUCUGCCUUCUCCUCCUGGGAGGAGUUGGCAUCACUGGGUCUGGACAGGUUAAAGUCUGCUCUCAUGGCUCUGGGCUUAAAGUGUGGUGGCACACUUGAGGAAAGAGCACAGAGACUGUUCAGCACUAAAGGGAAAUCUCUGGAGUCACUGGAUCCUUCUCUGUUUGCCAAAAACCCAAAAGCCAAGGGACCAAAAAAGGACACAGAGCGUAACAAGGAGAUCGGUUUCCUGGAGGCCCAAAUUUAUGAAUACGUGGAGGUUUUGGGGGAGCAGAGGCAGCUGACACACGAGAACGUCCAGAGGAAGCAGGCUCGGACAGGCGAGGAGCGCGAAGAGGACGACGAAGAGCAGCCCAGUGAGAGCGAGAGCGAAGACGAGGACAACGAGAUCAUCUACAAUCCCAAAAACCUGCCUCUGGGCUGGGACGGCAAGCCCAUUCCUUACUGGCUAUACAAGCUUCAUGGCCUAAACAUCAACUACAACUGUGAAAUCUGCGGGAACUACACGUACAGAGGACCCAAAGCCUUCCAGAGACACUUUGCAGAGUGGAGACAUGCACAUGGUAUGCGCUGCUUGGGCAUCCCUAACACCGCCCACUUUGCCAACGUCACCCAGAUCGAGGACGCGGUGUCCCUUUGGUCAAAGCUGAAGUCACAGAAGGCAUUAGAGAGAUGGCAGCCGGACACAGAGGAGGAGUAUGAGGACUCCAGUGGAAACGUGGUCAACAAGAAGACCUAUGAGGAUCUGAAGAGGCAGGGGCUGCUUUAGAUCGUCGCAUAAAGGCACCAUUUCAGGAAGACAUGCACCGUAGAAAACAACCUUGAGGACCCCUUAUGAUUACGCUAUAUAUAUUUUUAAAUCUCGGGUUUCGAUUAUUCGUAUGUAUCUUUUGAAAGUACAUUUGUGUGUUUUUAUUAUUAGAAUAUUCUCUUUUGUGCAUUCUGUAAAAAAUGAGACAGGUAUUCAUUUCGUUAUUGAAUAAAUCUGAGAACAUUG